AUGGAGAAGACCCAUCGUUGCUCGGGCACCACCGCGGCUGCGAAUGCCAGCUCCUUAAACUGUGAUGCUAAUGCUGGUACUCUCAGCGGCGAUGGCGGCAAGACGAGGAGCAACGGCAUACAAAGUUCACUCAAGUCCCUCAACAGAGCCUCUUAUAAGAUCUCCAAGCCCCUCCCCAGAAACCCCGUUGCUGACCCUACCCCCGUCGCCGCUCGGGCCGCUCCGGUCCCCAAACUGCCGGAGACGGCGGCCGGUGGGGGUGGGGGUCCGCCGUACCAGCCGCAGCCGCCAGUGUACAACAUCGACAAGAACGACUUCCGCGACGUCGUCCAGAAGCUCACCGGAUCCCCCGCGUACCACCAGAGCCGCCCGCAGCCCGCGGAGGCCCCGCCUCUGCCCCCCCCUCGUCCUUGUUCGGCCGGCCCCCCCUCCCGUCUCCACCGCAUCCGUCCGCCGCCCCUCGCCCAGCUCUCCCCGAGCCAGACUCCCCCGGUUCCGGCUCCGCCGCUCCUCUCCCCUCUGCCGCCGCUCCCGGCCGUCAGCGCCGCGGCGGAGUCGCCGAUCUCCGCCUACAUGCGUCGCCUCCGCAGCGUCGGCGUUCCGUCCGCCCUGGCCCUGUCUCCCACGUUGGCGCCGACCUUGCCGCUGGGUAUGGGCUGCCUUCUGUCACCGCGGACGGCAUUUCAGAUGAUGAUAGCGGCUCCGGGGAUGCAGUUCCCGGCCUCCCCAGGGGUACAGCUGGCGAGCCCCAGAUUGGGAGAUCCCUGA